GGCAGCGAGCUGACCUGCAAGAUGGAUCAUUUUGUUCAAAGGCUAUAAGUUAUGAUGUUUGCCUUUUAAAAAGUAAACGCUCCUCGGAAUUGCAUGGGCUGCACCCCUGACGGAAGGGACGGCAUGCGUGCGCAGCGGCCGCCCUGGCUGCUGCUCUUAGCGGCGCUUCGCGUGGCUUCUGGCUUGCCAACUCCAGAAAACUUCGAUGUAGAUGGUGGACUUGACCAGGAUAUAUUUGACAUCAAUGAAGAUUUCGGACUGGAUCUUUUCGAGGGAGACAUCAGACUUGAUAGGGCACAAAAUAGAAAUUCCAUAAUUGGAGAGAAAUACAGAUGGCCUCAUACCAUUCCCUAUGUUCUGGAAGACAGCUUGGAAAUGAAUGCUAAGGGAAUUAUCCUUAAUGCAUUUGAGCGCUACCGCCUAAAAACAUGCAUCGACUUCAAGCCUUGGACUGGAGAAGCUAACUACCUCUCAGUCUUCAAGGGCAGUGGCUGCUGGUCUUUAGUGGGAAACAGGCAAGUCAGGAGGCAGGAACUCUCCAUCGGGGCCGGCUGUGACAGGAUAGCCACUGUUCAGCACGAGCUCCUCCAUGCACUGGGCUUCUGGCACGAGCAGUCGCGCUCCGACAGAGAUGACUAUGUCAGGAUAAUUUGGGACAGAAUUCAACCAGACAAAGAGCACAAUUUCAACACCUAUGAUGACCAAGUAUCAGACUCCCUGAACAUCCCCUAUGAUUACACCUCGGUCAUGCACUACAGUAAAACUGCAUUCCAGAAUGGAACAGAGCCAACAAUUGUAACAAAAAUCUCCAACUUCAUGGAUGUGAUUGGCCAGCGAAUGGACUUCAGUGAAUAUGACCUCUUGAAGCUGAAUCAACUGUAUAACUGUUCCUCAUCCUUGAGCUUUAUGGACUCGUGCGAUUUUGAACUGGAAAAUGUGUGUGGUAUGAUUCAAAGUUCAAGCGACAGUGCUGACUGGCAGCGGGUUUCCUGGGCCCCCGGGGGCCCUGGGAGUGAUCACUCCAACAUGGGCCGGUGCACAGGCUCUGGUUUCUUCAUGCAUUUCGACAGCAGCUCUGUCAGUGUGGGGGCCAUAGCCAUCCUGGAAAGUAGAACACUGUACCCCAAAAGAGGAUUUCAGUGCCUGCAACUUUUCUUAUACAAUAGUGGAAGUGAGAAUGACCAGCUGAACAUCUACAUCCGGGAGUAUUCUGCAGGCAGUGUGAAUGGUACCUUAACCCUUGUGGAAGAAAUAAAAGAUAUACCCACUGGAAGCUGGCAGCUUUACCAUGUGACCUUGGAAGUGACCAGCAAAUUCCGAGUGGUCUUUGCAGGGGUCAGAGGCCCUGGAGCAUCACAGGGUGGCCUGUCUAUGGAUGACAUCAAUCUUUCAGAAACACGAUGCCCUCACCAUGUCUGGCACAUAAGGAAUUUCACACAGUUCAUUGGCAGCCCAAAUGGAAUUCUAUAUAGCCCUCCAUUUUAUUCUUCUAAAGGCUAUGCCUUUCAGAUUCACUUGACUCUGAGCCAUUUGACUAAUGCAGGCAUAUAUUUGCACUUGAUCUCUGGAGCCAAUGAUGAUCAAUUGCAGUGGCCAUGUCCUUGGCAACAAGCCACGAUGACACUCUUGGAUCAAAACCCUGACAUCCGGCAGCGUAUGUCCAACCAGCGGAGUGUGACUACAGACCCACUUAUGACCACUGAUAAUGGAACCUAUUUCUGGGACAGGCCAUCCAAAGUGGGGGCAGUGGCUUUUUUCCCUAACGGAACUCAGUUUAACAGAAGCAUGGGUUAUGGGACCAGCGCCUUUAUAACCUAUCAGAGGCUGAAGAGCAGAGACUUUAUAAAAGGAAAUGACGUUUAUAUCCUCCUGACAAUGGAAGACAUAUCCCACCUGAAUUCCACACAAAUGCAGCCAAUCCCAACCUCCGGCAACAGUGACCUUUGUUCAGACGUCAAAUGUGAGAACGAUGGGAUCUGCGUGGUCCGGGACGGCAACGCCGAGUGCAGGUGCUCCUCAGGGGACGACUGGUGGUACUCGGGGCAGAGGUGUGAGAAGAGGGGCUCCACCCGGGACACCAUCAUUAUCGCCGUGUCCUCCACUGCAGCCGUGUUCGCCCUCAUGCUGAUAGUCACACUGGUCAGUGUCUACUGCACCAGGAACAAGUAUCGUGCAAAAGGAAGUUCACCUGGGGCGGAUCUGACACUGGAGAAUCAGCAUACAUUUUGAAGAUUAACUCAACAAUACGCCAGCGAAUGAAAUUAAAAAGCAUUCUUCAUCAUGAAUUUCACCCAAAAUAAGUGACAGCUACUUCAUUCUUCUAUAAAUGGAUCUCCUGUAAAUAGCUUCUCUAUAAAUACUACAAAUCAUUAUUUUGCUAAAUGGCUAACUGGUAAAAUGUUUGUGCUUUGUUUUUGAAGAGGGGAAGCAAUUCAGGCCUCUCUGGAAGUGUAACUCAGAAGCUAUAGGAGGGGGUGUGACAGCCAGAGACAGAUUUCGGCAUUAACUAUCCUUCUCUUUGGGAGCCAAGCAUGGUAGGCUCACGGGCGAUUCCCUAGACACCCAACGGAAACACCCAGUGGGAAUGAUCUUCCAGCAGAGUCUCUGCCUUUCCAAGCUGCCCUAUCUGAAGUACAGAGGGGCAGCAAGAAGCCCCCUUUCUCCCUGGGGACAUGUGCUCCUCUAAAACUGGCCACACUCUUGUCAUCUUGCAUAAACCCUUUAGGUAGGGAGCUUGGUUUGGAAUUUGAAGGUACACCUGCAUUCAGCAGGACAGCUUUGAAUGGCUGGAACAGUGGUUCUCAAAGCUUUGGGUCUCAAAGCCUUUCAUGCUUAACAUUAUUGAAGGUCCUAGGGUGCCUUUGCUUCUAUGCACCCGGUUUAUCAGUACUUAUCUUACCAGAAAUUCAAACCAGGUCAAUUUAAAACCAUGCAUUUCCUAGUCACUUAAAAUAAUAAGCCCAAUACAUGUUGACAAAAAUAGUAUUUUUCAUGAAAAAUAACUAUCACCCAAAACAAAAGAAAAUUCAGCAAAAAGAAGAGUGUAGCUUUAUAGUUUUUAUAAAUUCCUAAUGUCUGAAUCAAUAGGAAACAGCUGAGUUAUGUACAUGUGUGCAUUCAGAGUGUUGUGAUAUAUUAUCUUUAUUGAAGGAUAUGAAAUAAAGCUAAUUUGCACAGAUAUUAGUUGGAAAGUGAGAUGUAUUUGAAUAAUUUUUCAAGAAAUUGUGGCUAUUAUUUUUGAAUACUUUGUUGAAAGUUGAUAAAUGGCAAUUUAUUAAAGGUUAGCUGCAAUUGGAAUCUGAAACCACAUGAAUGAACUUUUAUACUCUGUUGUAACUCUGGGGGAAAUUCCGGGACAAAAUACCUUUGAAAUCGAAAUCAGUCAAAGCGAGAAAUAAAGUGGCAGAAACCCG